GCGCGAGCCUCACAAACGCCAAACCAACGCAAAAUGAUCCUCACAACUUGCGCCGCCUGCGCCGCCCCACUGGCCCACGACGCGCCCCGCUGUGUUAGAUGUAAGGUUCGCUAUUGUGACUCGACUUGCCAGCAUGACCACUGGCGCCGCGGCCACAAGCAGAUGUGUAAGAAAAUACACCGCGGCGGCAACGCAGAACAGUAUAACGCCGACAAAAAAUACAAGGAGGCCGUCGCGGUCGCGGUCGAGGCGUGCGCCGAGGACACGAAGGGCCAGACGUGCUACAUCUGCACGCAGGCCUUGCACUGGAAGACGAAGGAGGGCCUCGUGCGCAUGUGUGCGUGCCGCGGGACGGCGGGCUUCGCGCACGUGUCGUGUCUGGCGGAGCAGGCGAAGAUCUUGUUCGCGGAGGCCGAGGAGAACAAUUUGGGCGUCAAGGUGUUGAACGAGAGGUGGCGGCGGUGGUUCACGUGUAGCCUGUGCGAGCAACACUACCACGGCGUCGUGCGAUGCGCGCUCGGGUGGGCGUGCUGGAAAACGUACGUCGGUCGGCCGGAGGCGGACGAGGCUCGGCGCAUGGCGAUGGGCGUACUUGCGAACGGUUUAUCCUCUGCAUGUCACCACGAAGAGUCGUUGUCCGUGAGAGAGGCCGAGUUUUCUAUGAAGCGACGCAAUGGCACAUCAGAACACAACCUGCUCGCCGUGCAGAGCAAUCUUGCGAGAACACAUGCACAGCUUGGACGGCUUGAGGAGGCUCUAAGCAUGGAGCGAGACGUGUACUCCGGACGCUUAAAGUUACACGGCAAGGAUCAUCCGCAAACCCUCAUAGCAGCAACCAACUACGCGGCGUCCCUUCAGGCUCUAGAGCGCUUCGAAGAAACCAAAUCACUGCUGCGCAAAACGAUGCCCGUAUCGCGGCGCGUUCUUGGAGAUUCGAAUGAGUUCCCGCUUAGGAUGCAGUUGUGUUACGCGGUUGCGCUCUACAAGGACCCUGCAGCCACGCUCGACGAUGUGCGCGAGGCCGUGACGACGCUCGAGGACGCGAAUCGGAUCGCGCGGCGCGUGAUGGGUGGCGCGCACCCGCUCACGACAGGGGUUGAUGCGGGUUUGCGAACCGCGCGAGCCGCGCUCCGCGCCCGCGAAGCCGGGCAGAGCGUCGUCUUCACGUAG